AUGAUCAUUUUAUUGAGCGCCGCCUUGCUGGCAUUCGUUAUUCACACAUCACCAGCAAACUCAGCAAUUAUAACAAAUUCAACUACGGCAGAAGUGUCGCCAAAUUCAUCAACCACAUUAAAUGAUUGCAUCAAUACAUUAAAGCUGGAUCAUCUCAAUCAUGCUUUGAAGCAAAUCGAUGGCGCCGUUCAGAAUUUAGAGGAAAAGGCACACAAUUGGGCCAUCUUUCGACACCACAUUGAUGCUUGGAAUGAUCAAAUAAAAUCGCUGGAGCAUAAAUUAGACUUGGUUAAGCGCACGCAGGACGAACAGCAGGCGUAUGGAAAUAAACUAAUCAGUCUGGAAUUCACACUAAACCAUAUACUAAGUAAAGUUGUGUAUUUGAGUGAUGCUUGCAAUACGCACCAAGCUGUCACAGCGGCGGCUGCCGCCAUACGGCCGUCAGCACUUUUCACUACCCACAUGAACACCAAUGGCAAUGACAAUGGCAGCGAUGCUGCUCAACAACAACAACAGCAAGACACCAAUGAACUGUUGUACGAACACAUUGCGUUGUUGGGGGACGUAAAACAUGCGAUUGGUAUUGACAAGCAGCUGCGAGGCGAACUGUCGACACGCUUGAGCAACAUAUUGCGGCAUGUACAGAACAUUGAACGCGACAAUUGUCGUGGAGAACGACGCCAAGCAAGCAUAAAAGCUAACACUAACGCUGAUAGCAAUCGCAACAAUAAAAUGGCGAAAUUAAUGGCGCCAAUCGGCGGUUGUAAUUCAAAUCAAAAUGUCGAACGCUCUCUAAAAUCUUUCGACCAACAGCUUUCAACACUCCUCACGCGGACACCAAUGCCAAAAGAGUCUAAGCAAUUAAACACGUUGGUUAAGAAAAAUUCACAACAAUUGGAAAAUGCAAUAAAUUUACUAAACAAAUUUGAUGAUCGUUUAUUACAAUGGCGUGAUGAAAGCGCACUCGGCUGGCACCAAUGUCAGACUAUGUCCGGUGAACUGUCCACUUUUACUGAAAGCUCAGAUUUAUUACUAAAACGUAUCGAAAUGUUGGUGCAUGAGGUGAAUGAAAAAUUAGCUAAACAACCGAUGUCCAAAUCGAACGAUAAAGAUGAUGAAGAGGAAGAUUCGGUUGAAGCUGAAGAUGUUGAAGCAGUUGAUAGGAAUUCAGCUGAAGAUGAAAGUUUAGACCAUAAGGAUGUGGAUACUGAAGCAGAGGGUGAUCACAAUGUAUCGACCACUCGCAUUGAUGACAAUAUUGACCAACCUAGAGGUGAAGACGCGGAAGAGCAGGCGGAGAAAAUAGAUGAUCGUUUCGACGUGGUUGAAUUCCUACAACCCGAGAAGAGCGCCUGCCACGAGUUGAAUGGCCCGCCUGUUGACGGAGUUUACAAAUUCUCCUCACCGGAAUUAAAUGAGGCGGGUCGUGACUUCAAUGAACGUUACUGUGCCUUCGCAACUGACGGUGCGCCUUGGACCCUCAUACAGAAUCGUGGCCCAUAUGACGAACAUGAGAACUUCAACCGUUCUUGGGUGGAUUAUAGAAAUGGGUUUGGUGAGCUUAAUAAAGAAUUUUGGUUCGGCAAUGAAUUCAUACAUCGGCUGGUCGAUGGGGAUGAUUAUGAAUUGCGCAUUGAGCUGACCGAUUUCGAAGAUGAACAAGUAUGGGCCGAAUACUCAUUCUUCCGCCUAGACAGUGAACGUUACAAUUACAACUUAUUAAUUGGAGGCCAUAGCGGUACAGUACCCGAUGCUAUGCAUUACCACAACGAAAUGGACUUUAGUACCUUUGAUCGUCGCAAUGAUAAGAGCGUGGAUGCGUGCUGCGCAUGUGCAACUGGCUAUGGAAGUGGUUGGUGGUUUGAUAACUGCUCGGAAGCAAACUUGAAUGGUAUUUAUCGCGAAACACCAAGCGGUCACAAUUACGUAGGUAUCAUUUGGGAACAAUGGCAUGGCGACGACUCACUACAAAAAACACGCAUGCUAGUGCGACCAAAGAAUUGGUCGAACGAUGAAAAGGAGGAGCGUGGCGAGCGUCAUGAGCAUAUUGAAGAUCCAUGAGCGCAUAGUGGAAGAUAACGGUAUUUCGAUAAGAAUAUCAAAAACUAAAACCAAAUUAAAAUAUAAUUGUGCUUCGUGAUUUAUGUGCAUAUAAUUGUAUAUCGAUAUGCAGGAGUACGUGCCGCUUCAUAAUACCUUAAGUAAAAGCGCACCAAAUUAAGUGAGAAACGAGAGCUUUGAAAUAAAUUUACAAAUGCAAUAAAAAAUCCAUAUUUUUUAAUUUUUCAUAUUCUUUAC